AGUGAGUAAUGUUUUAAACAUUGUGCUGUUAAUGUUAACAAUCUUUGGACUAAAAUUUUCCAUUUCAAAUCCAUCAACUCUUUCAACUCUUGUGUCAUUGUUUGCUAAUUUGUUGAUCAUGGCUGUUGUCGUUGUUGUUAUUUAUCUUGCUGUUAGCUUCUUGUAUCUUCUUUAGUGACACCUUGGCUUUUUUUUCAAUCAAUAUCUUCAACAGUAUUAACUGGACUUGAUUAUUUUUCUUGAUCAACGUUUCUUUUGCGCCACUUUUAUUUUCCCUCGCAUCUUUUCAUCUGUUUUAUUCAAUUUUUGUGAUUCUGUUGUUUUAUUUCAUUUUUUAUCUCAUCUACUGUGUUAAUUAUUUUAAUCAUGGAAAGUGAAGUGUGCCAAUUUUAUGAAAAACGUUCAGUUCUAGUUACCGGUGGCACUGGUUUGAUUGGGAAAUGCUUGGUCUACAAUUUGCUCGCCAAUUGUCCUGAUGUCGGUACUAUAUAUCUUUUGCUAAGAAAAAAGCGUGAAUUUAGUUUUGAUCAGAGACGUGAACGUUAUCUUAAUUAUGAUAUUUUUAAAAAUCUUAAAACACCCAAUCUAUUGAAUAAAUUAGUUUUCAUUGAAGGUGCUGUUGAUGCCAAAAAUUUAGGUCUAUCAAAUGAUAUUUUGUCGAAAGUAACAGCAGAAGUCUCAAUUUUGUUCCAUUCCGCUGCUUCAGUUGGACUGGAAGCUGGUUACAAAGGAGCCGAUCAAGCUGCCAAUUCCAAUCUCCGUGGAACCAUGAAUGUCCUCGAAUUAUGUCGUUCAAUGACGAAUCUGGCCUGUUUAGUUUAUGUUUCAACGGCAACAGCUUAUCAUUUCAAGUCUCUCAUUGAAGAAAAAAUCUAUCCAGUCCCAUGCACACCGGAACAAUUUUUAUCAGUCAUGGAAUCAGGUGAUGCUAAGGCUAUCGAUAAAUUUUUACGUGAAGACAUGAAAAUGUUUCCAAAUGCUUAUACAUUAACUAAAGCCUUGUCUGAAAAUUUAUGCCAAGCUGAGAAUAGCAAUAUUCCUAUUUGUAUUGUGAGACCACCAAUAGUGUCCAGUUCUGUGGCUACUCCGGUUCCUGGUUGGACCAAUAAAAUGCAAGCCUUUAAUGCUAUGAUUCUUCUUUGGGUCAUGGGCUUGAGUAGGUGUUUAACCUGGGACCCUGACACCAGAAUCGAGGUGGCUCCAGUUGAUUAUGUUUGCAAUGUAAUGAUCACGGCUGCCUGGUUUACUGGACAAAAAAGGCCUGUAGACACUGUUCCGGUGUAUAAUGUGGUCCCUUCAGAGGACAAUUCAGUUACUUGGAGAAAACUAUUAGAAUACUCACUAGACGUUGUCUUUGAAUCGCCCAGCAUUAAAGCAAUUCGAUGGCCUGGAAGACAAAUGAUUUCACCCAAGACACCAUUCAAACUUUUAUACUCCAUUAUAUUUCAACACAUUAUUUUUGCCAUCUUUUCCGAUUUAUUUCUGAUUUGCACUGGUAGCUCACCUCAAAUUUGUGCGCUUAUGAUCAAAAUGGUGAAUACAAUUAAAUCAGUGCGAUGGUUUUUAACUAAAGACUGGCAUUACAUCAACACAAAUUAUUUGGCUUUAACGGACCAUCUUAAUGAACAUGAUAGGAAAUUAUUUCCAAUGAGUAUGAAAAAUAUGGACUGGAAAUCUUAUAUACAUACUGGUUAUUAUGGUAUCAGGAAGUUUGUUUUACAUGAAGAUGACGAUAACACGAAAGCUGCUAUUGGCCGAUUGAGAAGACUAACAAUGAUAACCAAUGGAGCAGUUAUAUUUGCUUUCCUCAUGAUCAUCUCUACAUGUUUUAUUUUAGUUUUAUUUUUAUAAUGUGUUACAUUUUUUACAACAAAAAAUCAUCAAUGAACAAUUUGACUUUCAUACAUAUUCACAUUACCUUUUGCAAUCAUAUAAACCCAUAUUUUUAACAACACUUUUUUACCUGAAACUCUUUCUGAGUAAAAUACAAAAUAUCAUUUUAUGUGAUUGACUCACAAUAAAAAAUCAAAUUAUUUCAACAAAA